UUUCGGUACGGCAAUGCUCUUUUCUAGUAGGUCGCUGGUUGCGAUUUGCAUUUCAAUUAUAAAAGCACAUUUAGUGUACGGAAACAUCACUGAUUACUACGGGGGUUGGUGUGCAAAGUUUUCAGUGCGGUAAAUGGAGAAAACAUCAUAAAUCUAAUCCAGAGUUUUGUUUUGAUUCUCGCGACGACGAUACCACUUCGCGUCCGACGUCGGUCAAUUUUAGAGAAUAAACGCUCGGCUUCGUGUAUCCCUCUAAUAUCGACAAUAAAAAUUAGAUACAUAUUACAAAGAAAUUAGGAAAAGGCAAAUCAUGAUAUAAACUGUUUUCAUUUGUUUAACUAACUAAGAUGUUAGUAUGUGUCAACGGCAUGAUGAGACAGUUGGAUAGUGAUGUUCAAAUAAUAAAUAAAUUGUGUUCUUUGGAGGUGGGUUUCUUGUUUGUUUGUAUAACAAGUCCGACGAUGGCAAAUCAACCAGCUAUACGUAAUGAAAAAAGUUGAAACAAGUAUUUGUAUGCAUAUAUUGCCCGGUAACUUCUUUAAAAUAUCACAAAUAUGUGUAUUGUGCAAAAAUAAAUAAGUGUAUGUAUGUAUAAACAUGUGUAUAUAUUUCCGCAAUGAAGCAUUGUGAUUUUCCUAACGCCAAAAAUUCUAUAUCUGUCGUAUUCAUAUAAUCGCCUUUUCCUCUCUCUCGUCAUACCUGUAUAUGGUUGUUCGCGAAUAUGGUUCAUAUGGCCGUGUGUCAUUGUGAAAACAUAUACAUCCAAACAUAUAGUAAGUAUGGGUUGUAGGUAAAAUCAAAUAAGACUACAGCAGCCACCCAUAUAGCCCAGCUGAGAUCUAGCAUACUUGUAUUUACAUAUAUCUAAAUAUAUAUACAUACAUAUAUAAAUAAAUACACUCAUGUGCACAUCGCUCUUUAAAUAUAUGAACAUACAUACAUAUGUACAUAAGUAAAAACUUACCCAAAUAACGUGUAACUGCUGGGAUAAAUAGGUUUGAACAUAGGAGUGUGUGACUAUCGUAUUUAUGAAAUUGAUAGAAACACAACAAUGAGCUUAGCUAAGCACAUAAUAAUUUCUACAGGUUAUAAUAUUUAACCUAUAUACUUUUAGAGAUGGAAGAUUUGUCGUAAGCCGGGUUCCAGGAGCCCUGUAAUAUGUACAUAGAUAUGUGGGUAUAUACCCGUCCCUAUGCGAAAGGUUUAUAUUCUGUUGGAUCUGUUAACUUGUAUAUUGUCAUAGGACAUUCCAAAUUAAUGAAUUGCACCAAGCAGUGCGUAUGCAGUUUAUGUGCAUACUGUAGUUUGAGGGGAUCAAAGUCACUUAAUUUAGCAAAUUUAUUGAAAAUAAAAGUAUAUAAAUUUGUUUCAGUUGUACACUCAUUCUGCAAAGUCUUGUUUACGUUUAAAAAAAAGUAUUUUUAAUAAUUUUAUAAAUGAUUUAAUAACUUGAGCCUUUGCUGCAUGUUCCGUUUUUUGAAAAUAGGCGCUUCACUUGGAAUUACAUUGAUCUUGAGAUUUUCCUUUGUGAGUUCCUUGCUGUUGUUGAUUUCAACAUCAAUAUUUUUUAAACAAUUUUAUGGCUUGCCGAAAUUGUAUUAUAGUUUUAAUAUUGUUGUUGUUGUAGCGAUUAUCCAAAUCCCAAUUGGACGGAAAGUAUAACUCAGGCAUCGAGCUGUUUCUACCAUAGAUAGAGUCGUGUUAGAUGAGUUGGGUUUAUUGGGUAUGCAAAAAAAGGUUAGUGUUAUCCGGGGACUCUUUGCAUUUUGGUAGUAAGCUUUUUCACCAAGGUACUCAAUAUGUAGUUGAUAACUUUUAAAAUACCCGAAAUGUGAAAGACUCAAAUUCCGACAGUGAACAACCCCAAAAUUGUGGAUGUUACUUUUAACAGUCUGACCUGUUUUACUCAGCAUACGAUCGCGAUUAUGACCAAAGGACAAAGCCGGAAUGUGCGCCUAGAUGCAGUAGGACGCAGAGAAGAAAGCUGGGGUGUUUUCUCAGAAAUCAUCCCUGCGGUCAUCCGCUUUACGCAGAAUCAGAAAUACGAGAUUCAAUUUGGCUUUGUACUUUACUGAACAACGAAUAAAUUUCAGACUUCUAUCUAGUAAAUGCCGUUUUGGCACGAAAACAUUAAUAUUUAGGAAAAAAUAGUGGAUUAACAAGUGACUGAUGGAUCUCAGUAAACAAAUCUAAAAAGUCUAAAAUAAUGGAAGUACUACACUGGAUGGCAUAAGCUACAUUAACGGUCAAAACUCGAAAAUGUAAAAUAUAAGAAUUAAAUAAAAAGCCGGACAUAUUAAAUUUUAUAGUAAGCAACUCAAUGCCACAGUUUGAAAAUGGACUGGUAUAAAAAGUUAUAGCCAAAAGACAGAAUUAUCAGCACAUUAGCAGCUCUGGAGCACUGACCCCCUCUUCCCAGACAACUCUAAUCUUGACAUUUAACAUUUGAACAGAAUUCCAAUUCAGUCCACGCCGCACUUAGUUGAACUGAUAUUGAACAGCGCACACUAGCGAUGGUAACUUCGGCUCAACGUCUAGUCCCGGAGAAGACUGUUCGCACUCAAAACAUAACGAUAUCACCAGAAACUGUAAAAUUUUAAAUUAUUACACAGCCAUGGAAGAAACAUGGUUUUGACCUGUGGUCUUACCGAAUCCGAAUCCAAGACUCUGGUGGUCCAGGCGAACUUACCACGUGUACCUUAUGUUUUUGGGGUCGUUGAAUCCGAAAGCGCAGUCCCUUUCAAUCGGUCAGAUCAGAGUUUUGAAACUGAAUCCGAGGUUCUGGGGUCCUUAUUAUGUUGUACCCUAUGUUUUUGGGGAUGCUGAAUCCGAAUACGUGGGCCAUUUCAAUCGAUCAGUUCAAAGUUUUAACAUAACCCCAAAAAACCAAGAAAAAGUCAUCGAGUUCGGUGUCGCUCAAACACAACAAACAGAUAAUUUAUCCAUUUAUAUGUGGUACGAAUCUAAACUUUUGGUGCAGCGGCUCAACGGAAAAUUUUAGUUUGACAACCGUUAGAUUUACCGGAUGUGGUCGUUUCAUACAUACAUGUAACUGGAUUGCACACUUCAUCGCAAGGUGUAAAAUAUGCAAACGAUAGCACUAUACAGGGAGACGAUUACAGCAUUAGCCACACUUAGUACAGCAAACGAAAUUAACAUUAACUACAAGUGCAACAAUAAUAGUAGAAAGCGUAAUUCGCAUGAAACACUUAGCCCACUUGUUGCCAAAAUAAUUGAGAAUAUACACUUAUUUCAACAGCACAUAGUCGUCAGUUUCCACAAAAAUAAGUGCUUUCAUUUAGAUAACAGCAAUAACAGAAUAGGAGAACGUAUAAAAACAAUAGAGCAUAAUACAACAAAUCAAGCAGUUCUUAACAAGCUUACGUCAACUCAAACCAAAUCCAGCAUUGUGGAUGAUAACAACAGUUUAGCAACUACACUGGAGUACGAAAUGAAUCCGCAGAACAUAACCCUACAUUUAUCCGGAACUAAUAAUAAUUUGCCCGACUCUAAUUGCAGUAGUGAACUAUAUGAGGCCGCUGUACCCUUUGGUGCUGGCAGCGAACGCGUAUUAAGCAAUAACAGUGACAAUACUAGUAGAAGUGGUGGUAACAACAAAAUGGAUACAACCGAACGUGAACGCAAACGUAAACGUUAUUUAUCGGACGAAGAGUAUACACGUACUACACGCCACAAAAUGCAACAGCAACAGCAACUCCUGCAACAACAAGAACUCAAACAAAAACAACAAAUGGAGCUAGAAAAUCGCUUAGCAGACGAGGGUAAUAACGCAACAGUGUUAUCGAUGAAAUCACAACCUACGUCCGAGUUUGCAUCAACCAAUUGCGGCAGUAAUAAUAACGAAAGUGGCUGUUCCGAUAUAAACGAUGAGGAGGCACACGCCAAAAAACUGCUGCUGCGUUCAUCUAUAGCCGUUGUCCAAACGAAAGAAACAACUUUGACCGAAGUCGGCAAGCGAAAUUGUGCUACGGAACGCAAGCUAUCUUUGCAAGAUGAAGAUGCCUGUUGCCGAAAUCAAAGCAAACGCUCAUCGUCAAAUAAAAAUCGAAAGCGUACGGUACAGAAACUGGUCAAAAAGCUGGAGCCGUGCUCUGAUUGCAGUGAGACCACUUCCAAUGAUGAGCAUGAUGAGCAUACCGAUGGUUGUGAAAAUGAGCUUUUCAAUGCUGAUAAUAGUAAUUCUAGAGACAAGCAUGACGCGGAGAAUAUGUCGAACGAACAACACGAUAAGCAACGGCUUGAAAUUGACACAACCAGUGUACUAGACUAUAAUGAUUUCGGCAAUAUUACCGUUAAUAAUAGUUUAAAAAUUCGCGAAACAACAAGUGAUACACCGCUACAAUAUACAGCCGGCAUAUUUGGAAAUCAGGGUAAAGAGUACACAGCUGGUGAUAGAUUUCAGCGCGAUCAACAGUUUAACGAACAUAAUGAAACGGUUGAUACAGCUGCAACUACGAAAACAGCAACUGCGGUGCAGUUAACAAAACAACGACAGGAUUUAAACCAACAACAGUGUGUACAGCAAAGCGCAACAGAAGACAUUGAAAAUGCCGGCAAGCAACAGCACAGCAACUUGCACGAUUUCAUUGCGGCUGAUGAGCGCACACCGGUGGCACCCUACACAACAACCAUAAAAAACACCCAGACAACCGAUGCAGCAGCACGUGUUCCUAACUAUAGUUAUGAUUUGUUGAACACACCGAUUGAUGGCCAACCGCCAACGAAGACAACAAGCGCCUAUGUUGAGAAUGACAUGAAGAAGUCGUAUGGUAAUACUACAGUUGUCAGCUGUUGGCAGCAAAGUAACAUAAAUUGUAAUUUGACUGGUGAUGAAAGCAGUGCUAAUAACGUGGAUGAUAAUGAGAACGCGGAUAGUAAAAGCAUUAACUGUAAUAAAGAACGACAAACGUAUGUCGGCAGUCAAAUGCAGAAUAUGACAAAUUGCAACAGCCAGCAACAGUCAAUGUAUAUAGAUGAACCGGCAAGUGAUAGCAAUUCACAGCAGUUAGCUAUAGUAGCUUCAACGUGUAGAAACUUGCAUGAGCACAGAAAUUGCAAAGAAAAGAUGGAAAAUAUAUGUGAUGUCUACGAUAGAGUGGACAGUGCGAGCACUAAUGCCAUGGAGCGCAAUUACGAUGAACCACAAGACGGCGCGGCGUAUAUUGAUAAAGGUGUAGUCGAUCAAUAUGGUUCAUCAAUAGCCGAAAGCACCAGUGCGAACAAAAGCACAGCAUUGCCAACAGUGUCAACAACUGCUACAAAUGUAAAUAAUGCAAGUGACAGCACUACAAGUACUAUUAGUACAACAACUAUUAAUACUAUGAAUACUAUUAACACUAAAAUAACCGAUGGUUGUGUCUCAACAAAUGUUACUAUUAAUAAGAUUCCUAAUACUGAUGAUACGAAAUCAGUUGCUACUGCAGCAGCCGCAAUAACAACACCAGCCACAGCAGUAUAUGACGAGAAUACCGUUGGCAGUUGUGAAAACGGCAAACAUUUGGAGCAAGUGCCAUCUACAAACAUAGCCAAUGACAAUGUUUUAAACGCAAGUCCUUAUAAUUUGAACCAAACGCAAGAGUUACCCGAAACGUUAGCAGAAACCGCAACGUCGUACGUCACACCACACAGUGCUAGUGAUAAUUUAGAUAACCGUAAUGAGCCCUGGGCCCAAACUCCGAAUGAGCGCUACCAACGUUAUAGCAAUAGUGAUAAUAAUUUUUGCCAAACAGCUGUUGAUAGCGGCACAGCGUCAUGCUUGUCAGCGGAGUUGUGCUACAAAAUAUCGGACGAUGCCAGCGAGGAAGUGUUAAAGAUCCCACACCAACAGCAUGCUGUCAACAUUCAAAAUGUUAUCAAUUCGGCUUCGGAUAAGGACCAACAACUGCAGCAUGCGAACAAAAACCAACACGCAGGUGAUUACUUAACGCGGCAGUCGAUUGAUGCUGCCAACACACUAAAUGCCACGGAUGUAUACCCCACUGAACUGCAGCAGCUACAACAGUCAAGUCAACGCAGUCAGAACAUCCAACAUUAUAUGCAAGAGCAGCUGUGUCAACAAAUGCAGCAACAGCAGCAGCGGCAACAACUGCAUGAACACCAGCAACAAGAGUUGAAUCAGCAACAUCAUCAUCAGCACCAACAACCAUAUACACAUGAUACAACGCAAGUGCUACAACAAAUGUCGUUGCACGAUUACAACUUACACCAUAGCCACCCGCAUCAAUUACAGCCAUUGCAUGAUGUGUUGCGGCAUAACCAACAUCAGUCCCAACAUUUCGAACAACACCACCGUCAGCUAGAACAAAGACAUGAUGAGGAACAGCAGCAACAUUUAAUUGCAUAUCUACAACAUACUAGCGACCAGACACGCUUGCAUGAACAAUUGCAGCACCAUGAAUAUCAGCAGCAGCAGCAAUUUCAACAAGAACAACAACUGCAUCACAAUCACCAUCAACAGCAACACCAAUCAUUGCAGCCCAAUUUGCUGUUAAUCGCAAAAAAACAGCAGCAUCAACAGCCGCAUAUAUCAACCGAUUUGAAACGUAUAAAUCGUCCGCCACCCACUAGUAUUGAUGACCUCAUAAUAGACGAAUUCUCAGAAGAUCCACAUGCUUCCUAUAAACUUGGUCUUUCACCAAAUCACGUGAAGCACGAGAAUCAAGAUGAUGGCUAUGAGACGAGUGCCGGUGAUGUGCUCACGCCAAAUUCGCACAGUUCAUCAACACAUUCGGUGACGCCACAGCAUCAGAUGCAACAAGGUAUCAAUCUUAUACCACAACUGAAGUGUGAUGAGCAACAAAUGAAAAUACAGCAGCCGCUCCAACAUACUGCAGGCGAUAUAACUUGCCAACAACAACAAUCGCCGCAGCAUAAUACAGCAGGAUCAUUGCGUGGUAUGGGUAGUACAAGUCACCAAAGCGGCGAAACAGCAGGCUUAGAUGCGAAGAAAAAUUUACCUACAGAACGAUAUUCCUACGUGGACGAGCACAUAGCGGGAACGACGACAGAAGUCUCAAACGCAAAUAGUAGUGGCAACAAUAGGGUGAUUAAUAUGCCAAAAGACGCUCAACUUAACGGUGAGACGGUUAAAAAUAGUGAUGCAACUGCAGCGUCUUAUAUGGGUUCGAGGGCUAAUGUGAUCGGUCAUCAUGUGAAUGAAAUCUAUAGUAUUCAAAAUCAAAAUCAACAGCAACAGCAACACCAAAACCAGCCGCAACAGCAGCAGUUGCAUACGUCCAGUAGCGAUUUACCCCCAUCAGUGGAUUAUAAUUUAAAAAGUAAACUACCAAGUUCAACUGGAAAUGGUGUAAGCGAUAGCGAACAGUUGGAACAGAACGUGAUACAUCAAAACUUGCAUCAGCAGCAGCAACAGCUACAACUUCCGCAACAAUCCCAGACCUCAAACCAAUUCAUUUUCACAGAAAACAAUGCGAUUCUACGGCCACCACAAAAGAAACGUGGUCGCAAAAAGAAAAUUCAGCCAAGCACCGACAAUGCACUGCCGUUAGCUUUGCAGUUACUACCUGGGAACAAUGAAUGCGGUAUACCGAGUGGUGGAAAUGGAGAAUUGUCAGCCAACUGCAUUGCUGACAACACAUUAAUGAAUUCAAGUGAAAAUCCUGCUACCGGUCUUCUAAAGGCGAAGGAGCGCAAGAAGCAUGACCGCUUCAAUGGAAUGUCCGAAGAAGAAGUCGUUAAGCGUACACUACCCGACCAUUUAUGUGAUAAUCUUGAUAUAGUCAUAAUUGGAAUUAAUCCAGGUUUAUUUGCUGCAUAUAAAGGCCAUCAUUAUGCUGGACCUGGCAACCAUUUCUGGAAAUGUUUGUAUUUAUCCGGGCUUACUCAAGAACAAAUGAGCGCUGAACAGGAUUACAAACUUUUAAAAUACGGCAUUGGUUUUACGAAUAUGGUACAGCGUGCGACUAAGGGCUCCGCUGACCUAACGCGUAAAGAAAUCAAAGAGGGUAGCCGCAUUCUACUUGAAAAACUUCAACGAUUUCGUCCAAAGAUUGCCGUUUUUAAUGGUAAAUUAAUUUUUGAAGUUUUCUCUGGAAAGAAAGAUUUUAAUUUUGGACGCCAACCGGAGUGUGUAGAGGGUACCGAUACCUAUGUAUGGGUGAUGCCAUCAUCAUCGGCAAGAUGUGCACAGUUGCCACGCGCCGCAGAUAAAGUGCCCUUCUAUGCUGCGCUUAAGAAAUUUCGAGACUACUUGAAUGGUUUAAUACCGCAUAUGGACGAGUCCGAAUGUAUAUUCACCGAGCAAAAAAUUAAACAAGUUUGUGAGCAAGAGAAUGAGAAAAAUUCCGUUCCUACUACUUCAGCAGUUGGAGUUUUUUGUGGAGCCAAUAAUGCAAUAGGUAUACCGAGGGCGACAGACGGUAUGGAAAUUGCAUACAACAAUAUGUCAAUGCGACCAAUGGACGAUGUUGAAAGAGGUAUACCGACGCAACACCAUAGAACCGGUGAAAUAGAUAAUGAUAUCAGUGGACUUUGCGUCGAUACUAGCAAUUGUACUGGUUGUCCUAAUAGUGUCGACGACAAUGGUGGCGGUAUAAACAGGGGCGAAGGUAAUACAAUGUCUGAUGAGAAUUGUGCUAUACGUCAGGAGCAGGAGAAGUUUCCUAGAUUUCAGGCGGGUUCUACCGAUUCUACCUACAUAUAUAGAACAAAUGAGAAUGAACGCCACAAUAUUGCUACGCACACACCUGGUCCUGGGCCAACACCACCAGCAGGCAACACAGUUAUGGGGGCCAUUAUGCAGCAAACAAAUGACAACUAUAUGAUCGCUGGAAAUUACGGACAGCCACCGCCGGAGAAAAAAAAGCGUGGACGUCCAAAGAAGAUUAAAGAUCAGGAUUUAAUCGAUACAGCCGCACGUAAUCGUAUGCAGAUUAUGGGGCAGAUGUCAAACACUAACGAUUUUGGCAACAUAUUGAAUUUGUCGAUGAUGGGUGGUGGCGUACCUGGUCAAUGUGGCAACGAUGCACUUCUGGGCAGUGCCGCUAUCGGCAUGGGCAACGGCAACUGCGAGACGCCAAAGAAGAAGCGCGGCCGACCAAAGAAAGUGAAGCCUACAAAUGACGUCAACCAAAUGCAAAAUACACUAAUGCAAGGCAAACCACAUGCAAUGUCAAUUCAAUCACUUUCCGUCAUGGAUAGCAAUUUGUCGCAACGCAUGCAGCAGCAAGUAAAUGCACUAUAUAGUAAUAAAGACAUGCCACAGCAGCAACAACAACAACAGCCGUCGCAACAAAUGUACACAUCAAAUUCGCCUAUGAGGUCACCAGCACUGAAUUGCUCAUAUUCUGGCAUAACGCCACCAACUUCAACGCAAUCUACCCCGCCCACACAUCAACAGCAUUGCGAUAAAUUACAUGAGAAUGUCAGUGGCAUCGUUGGAAGUCCCACGAACUUAGGCGCAACACAAAUGGAUAGUGGCGGCAACAACAGCAAUAGCUAUUAUAGCAGCAAGCAAAUUGGGCCUGGUAUAAACUCGAACAGCUCGGAACACCACGAUGUAUCAACUGUAUCCACACCGAUCGCAGUAACUUCAAAUGAACUUGUUGUCAAUGAAAUGCCAGUCAACGCGACUGUGCAAGUAUCGAUGGCUGUUUCUCAUGAAACGCAAUUGGGUGAGUCUCCACCGCCAAGUUCACCAAAUAUAUGUGCAGUGGAUUUUGAGCCGCCCACAGCGAGUACAGGCCUUACAAAUGAGCGCGGCACAGAAAUACAUGAUCAGCGUGCAACUGAAAUACAAGCCCAAACAGCUAUUCAACAACAUCAGCAGUUGCAACACAGCACACGUUACGCAAGCCCGGUAAACGAGUCGGCGGCUGAACAUCAAGCCAGUGAACACUACCAGCAAUGGAUGUCACCGCACGCAGCCAUGGCAUUGUCAGCACAGUAUGCACAUCAUCAACCGGAACAUCUGCAACAGCAACAACAACAACCGGGUUUAAACUUUGAGGAACAGCAACAACAAUUGCAUCAUCUCCAGCAGCUGCAGCGUCGUGAGCAAUCACCUACACCUAUGCAUGAGCAGUGGUCGCGACAGCAGCGGUACGAUGACCUCGUUGGUGGUAAUUAUGGCAUUGCAUCUCCACAUUUACAUCAUCACCAACAUCAGCCAAGACAACAGCAUAUACAUCACUCUAACCAGCAGCAACAGCAGCAUGUUAAUGAGCAUCAACACAGUCAUUUAACGCAUCAUCACUCACGUCUAGCUACAGAUAUGAGUAGCAAGAGUCUCUCUGGUUUGGAGUCACUAGUCGAUCAAAUUCCUGCACUAUCCGAUAAUGAUUCAGUAUCCGUAUCACCAGUGGUGGGAAAUAGCGCCGUAAGUGCAGCUGUGGAAAAUCGUUUACAAAGUUUACAGCAGCAACAACACCAGCAUAUGCACCAGCAGCAACGUCACAUUGUGGAAGGUGAUUCCGCAGUUGAAAUGCAUGCAGACCAUUAUUGUACACAAAAUAGUACAGUUCCUGCCGUUUCCGAAACGAGUGAUACAAUAGCGGGUAAUAAUAGCAGCGGCAGCAACACGCCACUCCCCGUUAAUGGUUUAUAUAACUCGAGUUCGCCACGUAAUUAUAGCAUACAUCGACUUAAUUCCUCAUCUGCUUCAUCACCAGUAAUGAUGUCACCACACCAUCAUCAGACACAACAACAGCAGCAACAACAACAAAUUUCGUUACAUCAGCCAUACGGCAGUUCAGUAAGCACACCACUAAUGUCCGAUGUUUUGUUACAAUCAACACCGAUGACAAGCACAGCUAGCCAUACGCAUAGUCCGGCAGCCAACAGUUUGGUUGAAGACACUUCGAAUGCAUGCACGCCACCGAUUACUGGCACUAACAAUACAUCAACAGCUCCCACCAGCCUCUACAAUAAUGCGACAACAACAAAUUUACACAAUAUAAGUACCCAUAACUUUUCCGUAAGCAAUUUAGCCGCCUCAUCUGUUACGCCCAGUAACAGUUGCAGCAGCAGCAACAACAACAAUUAUGCUUCAUUGUCCUCAACAACAUCAGCAGCUGCCGCGGGCAAUGUAUAUCACCAUACAAACUUUAUGGCCGCAGCUGCCUUAGCUGCUGCAGCAGCGAAUUCACCCACCAAUCAUUUACAGACAUCACCCAGUACUGCUGCUGCAGUGGCUGCUCAUCACGCUGCGCAACACCAUGCCGCACAUCAGCAAAUGUAUACGCAUGCACAUUUGCCACCGCAUAUGACAGGUGUAAACUCCAUGUAUGGACCAGCUCCAACGCAUCAUCACCACCACUUGGCGCCACAUCAUCCAGCACAUCAUCAUCAUCAUCAUCACUCAGCAUAUGGCGCAGCAGCACAACACAGUGCUAACAGUGAUUACGGUAAUCCUUAUUGUACGCCAAACGUCCCAGGUGCACCACAAGCCGCGCCCCUACAUUUACCCAGUCCCAACUACCCUUACGGGUAUGGCAGCCAAGUAGCUGUUGCAGCCGUAGCUGCAGCCCAGAGUAAUUACCCCACAGCAUUGCAUUCGCAUCAUGCACAGUCGCCAGAGACGAACGCACCACCACCACCGCCUGGUGCGGUAUCCGCCGCUGCCGCAGCUGCGGCUGCCGCGGCUGCUGCCGCAGCCGUUUAUCAUACUCAUCAUCCCGGACAUCAUCCUCAUGCUCAUGCGUUAUCGAUGUUUGAUCGACUGAAACCGUCCGAUAUUAGUGGUUAUGGAGGGUUCUGAUGGUGAACACUAAAUCCAAAUUAUGUGUAUACAUAUGAUUAGGAGUAAUUGGGCCAAGCUGGACGCAAAUAAAUAUCAGCCAAAAUCAUAUUUUAAUACUUGGGAAGUAACUCAAGUAGUAUAAAAACUAUAAGUAUGUGUAUAUAUUUACAUUUAUACUUAUAUGUAUUUUAACAAUUUAAGGCAACCAAAGACUAAAAUUCUAAAAACAUUUUAAUAUAGCCAAUCUUUGGUGGGUCUGUCUGUCUUUCCGGCUGUAUAAUAAACCAUAUCUGCUUUUAUGAUUGCGUAUGAGUGAACAAGGAGAUUGCCAUAUCCUAUUUAUCAUACACAAAGUUUCGUGGCACAUAUGCUGCUAAAGUGUUGUGUUACGUAUGUAACUGGAGAGCGUAGAUGAGUAGAUGACAACCCCGAUUUUGUUUUUGAAUAUUAAAGCAAUACCUUGCAAAUUUGUGUAAUAGUCAGGAUACUGUUAGGCUUAGCCUCUUCAGUAGACCUCUGACCUUUUCUGGCGGUCCAAGUCUAAUAUAGAUAACACCGCCUUCGCACAGUCGAUUGACUCCUAGAGACUUGAUUGACUUCAUUGUGAUCUUCCUGAUUGGUGGUGUUAACAGUACUCUUCUAAUAGAUAGAGGUGCAUCGUGCAUUCAUCUCCGCAUACUUAGCUUAAGCAUAGGCCAUUCGUUUGGCGAAAACACUUCCAGCAACUCCACCUCUGAAAUCUCCUUUCGCCUCUGAUUAGGUUCUGCCUGAUACUAGGCUUGCUUGAGGCUGCUGAUGUUGCCUUUUGCUGCACCUCCAGUACUAGUGCAAGGCGUUACUGCUAGACCAAGCUUCGCUGCUGUUUUUGACUUCUCCAUUUUAGAGCUCAUUACAAACGGUACAACAACGCAUUUUUAAGGAGUGCAGGUCCCCUCUGGUGUUUUAUUUUAUCCGCAUUCUUACAUUGGACCCACGAUUGUGGCGGAAAACAGGUUCUUUGCACAUAGCCCCAUAGCUUCGCACAAGCAAGGCUAUCUUAGUACGGAGAGCGCCAGGUAUUUAUAAGCAACCCUUCUUUGUACCACCUACCAUGGUAUGACCCCCUCUUUGAAUGCUGUGCUAUUGAGUAGCAACGAACGACCUUAACUAGAAACAUAUCGACUGCAGGCUGGAGAACUGUUUCUAGUUCGCUUUGUUACCAAAAAAAAAAAAACACUGUAAAAUGUAAAAUUAAAAAUCAACUUGCGUAAU